AUGCGUUUCUCUCGUGUGGUACCCUUUAUCCCGUUGGCUUCGGCCCUAGUGAUUACCGAAGCUGAGGUCUUUGAGAAGCUACCCAAAUCUAACAGGCAUGUUGAGAGUGCGAAGCUGUCCGGGCAGGAAAUCCUAGACAAUGCUCAGGACAUCCUUGACGAUACUUUCAACAAGGUCAAGCACAGUGCACAGGACAUCUACAGCCGAGUCCAUGAUGCCGGUGCCACUGUUGAGUCGUGGCUAGAAGGCUCAUCGUUCGACGACACCGCAAUCAGUUUCGGUGGCGGUGAUGAGCAUCCUCCCCACCACCCACCUCACGAUGGACCUCCUCAUGACGGGCCUCCUCACCACGGUCCUCCUCAUCGUGGCGGACCUCACCACCCACCCCAUGAUGGCGAUGAUAAGCCUAACAGGACAGUGUACGAGCUCAUCAACGAAAGCAAGUACACUACGAUACUUGCAAAGCUCAUCAACAAGUAUGACGACUUGGUUGAGACUCUCAACAGCACGAAGGCCAAUUACACCGUCUUCGCUCCUACCGACGAGGCUUUCAAGAAGAUCCCUGACCACGGAAAGCACCCUUCAAAGGAGGUCCUUAAGGAUAUCCUGCUAUACCACGUCAGCCCAGACUUCUACCCUGCUGGCCGUGUGCUCCACAGCUACACCAUUCCCACUCUGUUUGAGCCUGAGAAACUCGGCCACAAGCAGCGCCUGACAGUCCGGGUUACGCUCAGGGGCCCCACCAUCAACUUCUACAGCAAGCUCGUCGCCGUAAAUAUCUUUGGCACCAACGGUGUCGUCCACGGUGUCGACUCCAUUCUCGUCCCUCCCCCUAAGGUUGCUUCGAUCAUCGAGCUCCUGCCAGGUGAGUUCAGCACCCUCGAGCUUGCUCUACAGAAGACCGGUCUGUUCGAGAAGAUCAACAACACCGACUACCCGCACGAGGGCGGCACAUUCUUCGCCCCCAACAACUUCGCCUUCAAGAAGCUCGGCCCCAGGGUCAACGCCUUCCUUUUCAGCACAUACGGCCAGAAGUACCUCAAGGCUUUGCUCAAGUACCACGUCGUCGUCAACCAGACACUGUACACUGAUGCAUUCUACGACGCGAGCAAGAAGCACGAUGACGAUGAAGAGGCUGCCGGCGGUCGCAACUACCACUACGACCUCCCCACUGCCCUCGACGACAAGUAUCUUGCCGUCGAUGUCGCUAGGUACGGGCCGUUUGUCGAGAUCCGCAUCAAUGCCUUCGCGCGCGUCACUGUGCACGACGGUGUUGCUGCCGAUGGUGUUAUCCAGGUUGUGUCCGAUGUUUUGAUCCCGCCCAAGUCUGCCGGUGGCGAGCAGAUCAUGUGGCAGGGCGAGGACCUCAGCGUUGAGGAGUUCAAGGAGCGCCUUGAACCUUACGCCGAGGAAAGCAUUGAGCUGUAA